GGGGCGAGCCUGGGCGACGGCAGCGGGGCGGAAGGCGGCAGCUGCAGCAGCAGCAGGCGGUCGGGCGGCGAUGGCGGGGACGAAGCGGAGGGCAGCGGCGUGGGAGCUGGCGAGGGAGAGACUGUCCAGCACUUCCCGCUCGCGCGGCCCAAGUCGCUAAUGCAGAAGCUCCAGUGCUCCUUCCAGACCUCCUGGCUCAAGGACUUUCCCUGGCUGCGGUAUUCCAAGGAUACUGGCCUUAUGUCUUGCGGCUGGUGCCAAAAGACCCCCGCGGAUGGGGGCGGCGCGGACCUGCCCCAGGCGGGGCACGACGAGCUCUCGCGAGGGACCCGCAACUACAAGAAGACCCUUCUCCUGAGGCACCACGUCUCCACGGAGCACAAACUCCACGAAGCCAACGCCCAGGAGUCAGAAAUACCAUCAGAGGAGGGGUACUGUGACUUCAAUAGUAGGCCAAAUGAGAACUCUUAUUGCUAUCAACUUCUGCGACAACUAAAUGAACAGAGAAAGAAAGGUAUUCUUUGUGAUGUCAGCAUUGUGGUAAGCGGAAAAAUCUUUAAAGCUCAUAAGAACAUCCUGGUUGCAGGCAGCCGUUUCUUUAAGACUUUAUAUUGCUUUUCAAACAAAGAAAGCCCUAACCAAAACAAUACUACCCAUUUAGACAUUGCUGCAGUUCAAGGUUUUUCAGUCAUCUUGGACUUCUUAUAUUCUGGUAACCUGGUGCUCACAAGCCAAAAUGCCAUUGAAGUGAUGACAGUGGCCAGCUAUCUUCAAAUGAGUGAAGUUGUUCAAACUUGCCGAAAUUUCAUUAAAGAUGCCUUAAAUAUAAGCAUUAAAUCAGAAGCUCCAGAAUCUGUAGUUGUGGACUAUAAUAAUAGAAAACCAGUUAAUAGAGAUGGUCUGUCUUCAUCACGGGAUCAAAAAAUUGCCAGUUUUUGGGCAACACGGAAUCUUACCAAUUUGGCAAGUAAUGUAAAAGUUGAAAAUGAUGGUAGUGUCGACGAGGGCCAAAUAGAAAACUACCAAAUGAAUGACAGUAGUUGGGUCCAGGAUGGAUCUCCUGAGAUGGCUGAAAAUGAAUCUGAAGGUCAAACAAAAGUGUUUAUUUGGAAUAAUAUGGGAUCCCAGGGAAUUCAAGAAACUGGCAAAACAAGGAGGAAAAACCAAACUACAAAAAGAUUUAUUUAUAAUAUACCACCUAAUAAUGAAACAAAUUUAGAAGAUUGCUCAGUGAUGCAGCCACCUGUUGCCUAUCCAGAAGAAAAUACUCUACUCAUCAAGGAAGAACCAGAUUUGGAUGGUGCUCUACUCUCAGGGCCAGAUGGUGAUAGGAAUGUGAAUGCAAAUUUAUUGACUGAAGCUGGCUCUAGCCAAGAUGGUGGUGAUGCCGGUACUUCACAUGAUUUCAAGUAUGGUUUGAUGCCUGGUGCUUCAAAUGAUUUCAAGUACGGAUUAUUGCCGGAAUCUUGGCCAAAACAAGAAACUUGGGAAAAUGGUGAAUCAUCUCUGAUCAUGAACAAGUUAAAAUGCCCUCACUGUAGCUACGUAGCCAAAUACAGACGAACACUGAAAAGGCACUUGCUCAUUCAUACGGGAGUGAGAUCCUUCAGCUGUGACAUUUGCGGAAAGCUGUUUACUCGAAGAGAACAUGUAAAAAGACAUUCCCUGGUGCAUAAAAAGGAUAAAAAAUACAAGUGUAUGGUGUGUAAGAAGAUCUUCAUGUUAGCAGCCAGUGUUGGAAUAAGGCAUGGAUCUCGACGCUAUGGUGUUUGUGUAGACUGUGCAGAUAAGUCACAACCAGGAGGGCAAGAAGGUGUAGAUCAGGGACAGGAUACAGAAUUCCCUCGGGAUGAAGAGUAUGAGGAGAAUGAAGCAGGAGAAGCUGAUGAAGAGCUGGUUGAUGAUGGAGAAGAUCAGAAUGAUCCGUCUCGAUGGGAUGAAUCAGGAGAAGUUUGUAUGUCUCUGGAUGAUUAACUGACCUACUACACUCCUCAAGGAUGCUGCAUUUGGACAUUAUAUGAAUCGACAAUUUGGAUUGUUGAACUUGAAGGCUUGCAAAAUAUGGUACAUGCUGGAUAGUAGUUAUGUUGCUGUGAAAACUGUAGGGUCAAAGCCUUAUAGCAAAAAUUUUUUUUUUAUAUUUGCACAGGACUGUACAGCAGACAACCAUGUGGUUGGAUUACAUAGAGUCCCCACAUAUUCAGUCAGUUAUCAAAGUAAAAUAUUUUUUAUUUAUAGGAUAUACAGUAACUCUUUGGGUCCUAUGAAAAUAGAGUACCUGUCUUUAAAGAGCUUACAUUCAUGUGCUACUUUAACAUGAAUGAAGAAAAUCCAGUUAUGGAAGUACAGUGACAGUUGACCCAAUCGCUCUGUCCAUCAAACCACUCAGGCUAGUUUGUACUAGUAGAGUUUUGUUUCUAUUUUUAUUUUUAUUAAUUUUAUUUUUUUUAAUACAGAUUUUCAGUGAGGGGCUUUUUCAGCCCCAUUGGUUCUAUUUUCUUGUAUUUUUCCAUUUUAAUUUGCUUCAUAAAUUAAACCAAGUCUCUUCUAGUCUUAGGUAUUAUUUCUCAGUUUUGUGCUGAUGGGCAUGUUUAUAAGUACUGGAGAGGUAAUUUAUUGGAAUGAACUAACUGACUUCCUCCAUUCCCCCUUUCCUUUUUGACAUGAAUUUUACUACUUCACAAAUGAAGAAUGAUGUUUCGAAGUUACCGUGGCGAAGUUGACAAAUACCACUAAAAUGAUUAUGAUUUAGAAGUGACUUUCUUCUGCUGCUCUGAUCUGAUAAAUGGUUACUACAUGAUGUUUUCUGACAUAGUAUUCGGUUUUGGGUAUCUGUUACUUUGGCACUAUUCUUGUUUGCCUCUUUUCAUUUUUGCCAGUGUACUAUACCUCAGUCCUAUUUGAAAGACCUAAUCGAAAGAAAAGUCAUAGAAAGAAGUAAAAUGAUUUGUUUUAUAAUUUAUCCCCCAUGUCCAGUUUGGUUAGCUUGUUAUGCAAUAUAAGUGAAAUAUCAGGUUUUUACCCCUGUGCCCUUUUUAUCAUUAAAAUUAACACAAAAUGUGCAUUCUCUUUUGUUUCAUACUUACUGGGAUAUUGAUUGUUUUAAAAUUGACUGAUAAUUAGGUUAAUUUAUUUUCCAGACCCUAAACUCACUGCACCUUGAAAUAGUCUUUCUAGUAAUCACCAUGAUCCAACAGUCUGUAAAAAUCUUACAAAUGAAUAUUGAAGCUUUAUUAUUAUAUAAGCUAAAUUCUUCAGGGUACAAAGGGUGAAUAUAUUGAGUUGAAAUUGUCAGAUUUAUUUAGCCUGGUGACAAAUGAGUUAGCUGAUCGUGGAACCCGCAGCAACAUUUCACAUGUUAUUAAUAUAUAUGGCAUUUAUCAGGAGCAUAUUGUAUAUUAUAUAAGAUUGAGGAACAUCAUAUUUUCAGCUUUCUUUUAAAUAAAAAUUGAUUAUAUUUUCCUAUUUUAUAUCAGGUAACUAAAUUAUGCUAGUUGUAUGGAAAAAACUUCAAAGAUACUUUGACAGAUCCUUUUGGUGCUCCAUCUGAUCAAAGUUGAUAUGUUUUUUAAGAGACAAGCUUUAUAAUUGUCUCUGAUUUCAGUAGAAUAAAUGGUUUGAUGUUAGACAAUGAUGUUUCUGCUUGGAGAAAUCAAAGAUAAAUUACAGUUAUAUGGUUAGAUGCAUCUUUUGUCAUCUAUACAUUAUUGUAGUUUCUCUGUAACUGUAAACCUGACAGAUGAAUAAUAGUUUUGGUUUGAUUUUUGUUUAAAACGGAAGAGUACAUCUUAAUGUUCUAGACAGAUAAAUAAAAUGUAUUUCUGGUGAGGUCCAAAGUAGAAAUUAGUUGGGUAAAGAUACUAUGAAUGAAAAAGUAUUUUAAGCAGAAAAUGUGCUUUGUGAAUAUGUAAGUAUAGUAUAAAGAUUUCUUUCAUCCCAUUUAUCCCCUUCCUUUAAAAUAAAUUAGUUUACAAUUGGUAGAUCUGUCUAUAUAUAAAUAUAUAUUAAAGAGCAAAGAUAUAUAUCUAAAAAUCACCUAAAUCUGCUUUAUUAGACUACAGUUCACUUAUUGCAUAGAAACUGGACUUGGCUUUACAUUCUUAAUGUACUUUUGCUUUUCCUCAAGAUAUGAACUUGUUCUCCUGAAAGUGAGUUUUCUUUUACUACUUAAAUCAUUUAUGUAUAUCUGGUAAAUUAUGACCAAAUUUUUGUUAGAUUGCAUACAGUAAAUUGAAAUACACAUUUGGUACACUACAGGAUUGUUGUGCUUUUGUUUUGAUUUUAGUUGGAAACAGGUUUGAUGUAGAUGGCUUGUUACUGUUAAUUUAAAGUAUUCUAUAAUUGUCCAUUACCUUUUAUGUUGUGUUGUGACAGAUUUGGCUAUAUUUUUAGUCAAUUGAAAUAUAGUACUUUAAAAGUUUGAUUUUAGGUAAUCCAAAGGAAAAGUGUUUAUACUCUUGAAUAUAUUAGCCUCAGCCUAUAUAAAAAUUCUUUGAAGUAAACAUUUUACCAGAAACAGAAUUGACAGAUUUUUCUACUUGCUGACUGCCUAACUUAUUUUGUUUCAUGAUCUCGAGGGACUGCCUUUUCCCAUCUUGAUCUUUUUUAAAAAUAGUUUUAGUACUAAGGUAUACUACUGGACAUUUCUAUUUUUUUAAGUAUAUUCUUUUUCUGACUUACAGUACAAUUUCAGGAAGUUGAUAGAUACUAAGAACAUAUGAUUGGUCUCAGAGGUAACAAUGGAAUACUCACAAUUUUGUCUGGAACUCUGGCAGAAUUAUGUCACACAUUGCUGAAGUUUUCUCUUGUAAUUUAUAUUUUAAAUGAAAAAGCAUUUUAGAGCUUGCAAUUUUAAUGAAGGGGAAGAGUAUAAACUUUCAUAUCCACUUUAGUAACAGGUCUUAUAAAUCAAGACAAUGUAUUAUUUCUUAGAGUUCUCA